CCGCACCUCCUCCUCACGCUCCCUGCACCCCUGCGCAACCUGAGAGGGGUGGAGGCAGCGUUGGGCGGAGCUUCCGAGACGCCCUAGGGGGAGCUAUCCCGGCGGGCCGCGCGUGCGGCCGCGUUUGAAUGGCCCUGAGUGGGCUCGGCCGGGGACCCAAGGGAUAGGCUGGGCUGCCGGGGCGCAGUCGGUCAGCGCCUGAGCCAGGCGGAGGCGCCGCGGUACCAUGAGGCGCCGGUAUUUAAGAGAUUAUGGCAUCUGAAACUCACAAUGUUAAAAAACGCAACUUUUGUAAUAAUAUUGAAGAUCAUUUCAUUGAUGUUCCUAGAAAAAGGAUCUCUAAUUUCACUAAUAAGAACAUGAAGGAGGUUAAGAAAUCUCCAAAACAGUUGGCUGCUUACAUAACUAGAACAGUUGGACAAGCUGUGAAAAGCCCAGAUAAACUACGUAAGGUGAUCUAUCACAGAAAGAAACUUCAUCAUCCUUUUCAAAAUCCUUGCUACAGAAAAAAGCAGUCCCCCAAUAGCGGGGGCUGUGACAUGGCAAAUAAAGAGAAUGAGCUGGCUUGUGCAGGCCGCCUCCCUGAGCAAGUGCGGCAGGGUAGUCGACCAUAUCUAGUUAGCCCCAGUGAUUCUGGUUCUUCACAGACAGAAAGCCCAUCAUCAAAAUAUAGUGGGUUUUUUUCUGAGGUUUCUCAGGACCAUGAAACAAUGGCACAGGUUUUGUUCAGCAGGAAUUUGAGAUUGAAUGUAGCUUUAACUUUCUGGAGAAAGAGAAGUAUAAGUGAACUUGUAGCUUAUUUGGUGAGGAUAGAAGACCUUGGAGUUGUGGUGGAUUGCCUUCCUGUGCUCACCAAUAGUUUACAGGAGGAAAAACAAUACAUCUCACUUGGCUGCUGUGUAGACUUGUUGCCUCUAGUAAAGUCACUACUUAAAAGCAAAUUUGAAGAAUAUAUAAUAGUUGGUUUAAACUGGCUUCAAGCAGUCAUAAAAAGGUGGUGGUCAGAACUAUCAUCCAAAACAGAAAUUAUAAAUGAUGGAAAUAUUCAGAUUUUAAAACAACAAUUAAGUGGAUUGUGGGAACAGGAAAACCAUCUUACUUUGGUUCCAGGAUAUACUGGUAAUAUAGCCAAGGAUGUAGAUGCUUAUUUAUUACAGUUGCAUUGAGAGACUUCGUCUACUAAAUAGCAUUUGGUUAUUCAAAACAUCCCUGGACUAUAUGAUUUCCCAAAAAAAAGUCUCAACUGAGAACUGUGAACUGUGGAAGAAAUCAAAACCAUUUUUUCCUUUAAAAAGCCACAUAAUGAAACCACUAAUGAAACGCUAAGGAUCUACUUCACAUUGAAGUGGAAAAAUAUCCAAAAGGAGCAGCUUCAACUUCAAUGAGGUGAAAGUGCACUAUGAAGAUUGUUCACCUUUGCUGCAAUUUGGGAUUUAGUUUAAGAACUACUGGGUCUUAAUGCAAUCCUGCAUAAGAAUAUAAUUUAUACUAUGUGAAAAAUAAGACAGGACUUAUUACUAGGAAUUACAAAGACCAAUCAUCAUUACUUUUUUAAGAUUGUGUUUUAUAAGAAAACAUUUAAAUGUGUGCAGCUACUAUUUUCUUAUGUUGAAAAGACUUUGAAAGUUUAAACCAUCAUAGCAGAUAAUCAAUACUAAAAGUUUUUUGUUCACACUGAGAUACUGUGUAUGCAGAAUGCCUUAAUUAUUAAUAAGCCAAUGUGUAUGAUACCAAUAUCUGUUUAAGAAAAUUAAAACCAACCAAGCUUCUGGCAUGAUAAAAUCAUGGAAUUAAAUCAGGGGUUUCCAUUCAUGUAGAAUGUUGUUGUUAAAACUUAUUCUGCACCAUUCUUAAAACUUGAGAAUAUUUUUAGUAUCUCUGAUUUUUUUUUUUGCCAGAAUCAUCAUAUCAUGUGUGUAUGUGUUAUUCCCAUACAUAAGAAAAAGGUGAAUAUGUAUUUGUAUGAAUGCUUAACUGGAAAUGUCCAUGGAGUUGGCUAAUUUAUAUUCACUUUUUAUUGUAUAUAGAUUUCUAAUAUUUUCAGUUCUGUAUCAUUUAAGUUUUCUUCAUUUGAGUAAAUUCACUAAAUAUUUCUAUUUUUUGCUUUUUUAAAUUCUGAUUUUAUAUGAAUUCUGAUUUUUUUCACUACGUAUGUUUAAAGAAUUGCAUACAAUGCUUUAGAAUUGUUUACAAUUAGUGCUGACCUUGUAUUUUAAAUUCCAACACUUUACUACCUCCUCCAAAGGUUGGUAUGAAAUGCCAGCAGACUGUAUGAGGUCUUUUUUUUUUUAAUACCACUCUUAGUAUCAGUGAAUGUCUUAACAUUCUGGAAUGUCUUAACAGCUGUAUGCAUUAUCUUGAAAGUGGCUGGGGUUAAAUGCCACUCUUGGUGGUUCAUACAUCAUCUCAUCUUUAAUAAGCCUGAGAGGCGUCUGAGCAAAGAUUUUGAGUAAUUGAAUUUCUGUGCAGUAAUCCUUCAAGCACUUGAAUGUAAAUCUUUAGCAUUUAUCCAAUUAGCCACUACUGAUAUGAAUCCAAAAGAAGCAUCUUUCUUGCUUUAAAAAAUGUUAUUUUUUCACUGAGUUCUAUUUUUGUGUAGCUAUAUUUUGUAUAGCUAUGUAUUCCUUACAGUGAACAUCAAUUGUAAUAACUGGUUAUUCUCUAAAGUUUUUAGAUUAGAAUAAUUUCAGAUUACUGCACUUCUGAGUUUUGAGAGUUGAGUUAUUUAAGAAGUUAUUUUUCAGGAGAUGGGAAUUUGAAUUGUAAACCUGCGUCAUCUCUGUGAAACCUUAAGAUGAUGAAAUACAACCCUCUUUUGUUCCUGUUCCUUUUAGUUUGCACUCUCUUAUCUAACAGUUUCAGCCAGUCAACGCAGUUGGUGCGUGGUGCUAAUGAGGCUAAGGACAAGAGUUCAAUCCUUUUAGGUGUUUGUUAACUGUACACACAUACACAGAACUAUUCAUGGCUACAGAUUGCACCUUCUCUUAGGUAUCCAUCUCACAAAUUCACUCUUGGUCACAAGGAAGAUGGUGUGUAUAGCAUAACACAAACCCUUCAUCUCAAAUGGAAAGAUGACUCAAAUAAUUGGCAUAUGGGAUACUAUAGACUUUAAUAUUAAAAAUAUUAAAAAUAAUGUAAUAUCUAAAAUUCUGUGUCAAUAUAGUUUUCUCUGGGUAAGAUCAAUGACUAAACAUUGUCCUCUGAAAAUCAAACUUAAUCAAACUUCAGUAAAAAUUAGGUACAAAUACAAAUGAAACAUAGU